GUCGUCCACACGGUGGACGCGUUCAUGGAGGCCUUGCUCUGGACGCCGCACUUGGAGCGCGUGGUCGUGCUCCCCGACGGCGUCCGCCUCCUGGGCCAGGCCGGCGGCCUGCCGGAGCUGGCUCGCGUCGCCGCGGCGAGGUCGCGCGACAUGCGCGGCUUCCUGAGCUCGCUGGGCGCCGAGGCCACGGACCUCUUCCGCGGGCGACUCUGGCACUAUGGGCGCACGGGCAGAGAGACGGAGAUCAAGCGGCGCGGCAGCGGCGGCAAGCGGACGCUGACGGAGACCGUCGGGCGCUUCCGCGCGCAGGAGCGCGCCGGCGAGGUGCCCCCGGGCGCGCCGCUGUACCUCUCGGAGUUGCGGUGGCAGAAGAAGGUCCAGCACCCAAUCGUGUCGGGGGAGAUGGUGAAGACGGCCACGACGUGCGACAUCUACGACACCACCCCUUUCGCCAGGCACAUGCCGUUAUGGGAGCGGUCCGAGGGCGGUAUUUUCGUGGGUGAGCGCGGGGCGGGCUCGGGGAUGCACGUGGACCAGUGCCUGUGGUCCAACGUGGGCAGGAACUGGUGCGGGUACAAGCUGUUCGCCCUGUGGCCCUGGUCCGAGCGGCACGCGAUCCUGGAGGAGGCCGGGAAGGGCACGGUCUUCCACAUGCCGAGGGACAAACAGCUGCACGUGCGCAAGCUUUCGGAGCUCCGCGCAGAGAUUCCCGGAGCGACGCUGGGCCCCACCCCCCGUGGAGGCGCGCCAGAUCGGGGGCCCCCGAACGGUGCGGUGGCCACGCGCCGUGUGGUGAGUCACAGUGUGCAUUCCAGGUGGCCGUGCGGUUUUCUGUGA